ACUCAUUCGAAGAAAAAGUGUUCAAGUUCAUUUUGCUCAUUCAGAUCAUCCUCAUCCUCAUCGGGCUUUGCAUCCUACGUGUCUGACUACACAAAACAACUCCUAAGCUCUAAAGCAUUCUCAUAAACCAGUUGAACCCCUCAUCAUGACACUCCCGGCAACUGAACCUCUGACGCCUACGGACACUAACACCACCACCCACUCGGUGACAUCCCCUCAAAAACGCGUCGUUGUCUCUCAUGUGUGCAUCCCUCCUCGUGGCAAAGAGAAUAAUGAAAGUCUCCUGAACGGAGAUAUCAAAACAAAAUCUCAAACCACGACUGCUGCAGCGGCAGCUGUUGAAGAAACUAUUGACAUUGAGAGUGUCGAUGGCCCUACACCUUCUGAUACAGAAUACACUGAGGAUGGUCGUCCUAUUCGCAAACGCAAAGCCAAGGUGCCUUUCGAUGAAGAUACAGAAAUGGAUACAGAUGAGCUUCUAGAAAAAGAGGUCAAGACCAAGAAAAAGCCUUCACCCAAGGCCAAAGUGGGAAGGACACCCAAGGCCGCCAAGGAUGAGGCUUCUACCGUCAAGGCACCAAGGAAGACAACCAGGAAGAUAAAGUCAGCUUUUAGUGACGAUGAUGAAAGCUCUGAAGCUCCUUCUACCGAGAGCGCUUUUACCAAGUUCAAACGCAUCCCCAAAUCCAAGAUGCAAUAUGUUAAGCCUGAUAAUCCUCAUGACUUUGAUCCAGAUUACGUCUACAGCUUGGCACGUCAAUACCCUGAUAACUAUGCAAAACAUCAUGCUGAGAGUAAGUCCGGAAUGCUUAACAAGAUUAACGAGGAUCAUCCUCUGCAAUUGGUUGACUGCAAUAUCCAUGACCAAGCUCCUAUCACUGGUAUGGUGCUCUCGCCUGACGGCACCAUGUUGGCAACGUUCUGUAAUUUGGGGUCAGUUCGGCUGUGGGAUUUGGAGGAUUUUUCGCUUUUGAAGACUCUACGUGAUUUUAAGGAAGAGCAUAUUGAUGAGUUUUAUGUUGGAACAUUCGUACCAGACCAGACUAAAAUCUUGGCUGGUGGCAAGCGCAAAGACCGAAAUAAUUGGUCAGAGACAGAUGACGAUAACAACAUCUUGCCCUGUCCUCUGAAGCUUUUUGAUAUCUUGACGGGUGAGGUUGUAACUAAACUUGAGGGACAUACAGAAGAGAUGCUGUGUGUGAAGAGAGUCCAAUUCAAGGGGGAGAACUACUUCCUCAGUGGUAGUCAGGAUGGAUAUCUUACUAAAUGGCACAUGGACUCCGACUGGAAGACACUACAGUCAUCGGUGCAGAUGAGAGAUGGAAUCACCUGCAUGGCCUUCACUGUCUCCUUUGUGCCGAACACUGGCAACAAAUAUUUUCUUGCUGCAGCAGACGAAAACCUUCGUCUUUAUGACUUUGAGAACGCUGUUCUACUGCAAACCUUCGAGAAUAUGUAUUCAUCAUACUGCGAUUGUGGAAAGUUCAUCACGGCAGUUGAUUUCCCUAUGCCUCCGCCCAUCCCUGAGCCUGCUCCGGUAAUAAAGGAGGAGGAAGCGCCAAUAGAAAUUCAUACCAGGAAGGGCAAGAUGAAAGCUGAAGAACCUGCACCGCCUGCACCAAAACAACAGCAGUUCGCGUACUUUAUUUCAAGGGGUGUCGAGCUACUUGACUCGGAAGAACGCAUGAUUGCCAAGGAUUAUAAUUCUUGUACUUUGCAUAAACUUGUGUAUCCAGAUACAAAAGGUGGAAAGUGGUACCUCACUGAGGUCAAACGAUACCAAGAUGAGGAGUAUUUUUCGAAUGCCUGGCUUAUCAAGAUUGCGUCUAAUGGAAGAUAUUUGAUGGCACCAACAUGCACGGGAGAGGUCUUCAUCUUUAACCUGAAAACAGGACAAGUGACAGGAACUCUCAAAGACCAUGAUGAUGUCGAAGUACGCGAUAUUAUCUUCCAUCCAACGCGACCACUACUCCUCACAAGUGGCGACGAUGGGAUAGUAAAAGUUUAUACUUAUAAAAAUCCGGAGGACCUUGCCAAGGCACGGAAGGAGUCUGCAGAGACAGAACGUGCCAUGGCAGAGGCUGCUGCUUUGGUAUCAGUGGCCACAGACCUCUCGGCAGUAUCUGUCCAGGAUGAUGGUGAUGAGACGGAGUAAAUGAUCAC